GGAAAAUUUAUGAGGAAUUCCAUCCGAAUACCAGUGCUUAUAAUAUACCAAACCAAAGAGAAAUAGUUGCAUGCCUGAUUCUCGUAUUAGUUGUGGUCAUAGACACCCCACGGAUUAUCGGGAAAGCUCCACUAUAUAUUGAUGGCAGGUCUCAUUUUCUGACUCGAAACUGGUUCUCAAUUGAAUGCACAUUCCUGUUAAUUCUGUUGGCCUCAUAGAACUUCUAUUCUAUUACGAUUAUAUUGGCAUUUUAUUCGCUGAUCAGCCGCUGGAGCCAGCACAUGUACAGUAUUCCCACAGAUCCAACUAAAAUGCGUUCCAUUUCGAGCACAGUAGUCCUAAGUCUACAACUAAUCACCGUCUAUCGAUGCCAAGCACUGAAUAUAAGCGAUAUACAAAGAUGUCGCUUUGGGGACUCUGAUUGCAUUAUCGCGAGCAUGAACAGCAUUAUCAGGAGAUAUCCGAAGGGCAUACCAGCACUCGGAUUGAAACCCAUCGAUGUGGUCGACAUAUUGGAUUCCCAGAUAUGGAAUAAUGACCAAAGGGGCGCCGUCUGGUUCAAUUUCAAGAUGUUCGAUCAGGUCAACUAUGGCUUUGAGAAUACAACAAUCACAAAGGUUGGGGGCUUUGACAAGAACCCAACCACAUCGCAUAUCGAGAUAUUUGGCGAGAUCCCAAGCCUUAUCCACAAGGGCAGGUACACAGCCGCUGGCAAGCUGCUGCUGAUUAAAAUCAAUACAACUGGAGAAUUCAUAUCGGACUUUCAGAACUUCAAAUUCUCCCUCAAGCUGAAAGUUCUGCUGGAGUAUCGGAACAAUAAGCGUUACUUGAAGAUGUACGAGCUGGCGCCGCGCGUCAGCUUAGAUCGUUGGAUUAUAUGGCUGGAUGAUUUCUUUCACGAGAACACCGAUCUGACAAUACUCGUGAAUCAGGUGUUCAAUGCCCAUUGGGUGGAGUUCUGGAAUGAGCUGGAGCCAUCGAUUCUAUCGGUAUUCAGGAGUGUGUUCACUAGAAUGAUAGAGGAUAUAUUCGAGAAGGUCUCCUAUGAUGAUCUGUUCCUCAGCUAAAUACAAUAAAUUCCACAUAGACUUCUAGUCACUCAAUAUGUUAGAUAAUUUUUUUU